UCUAGGCCCCGCCUCCUCUCGUUGCGUGAGUCCUGGGCGCGCAAUGGAGACCGGGUGCUGGUUGCUCGGCGGCGAGUUUGAGGACUCCGUGUUCGAGGAGAGGCGGGAGCGGCGGCGUGGACCGCCAUCGUCCUACAUCGCCAAGCGCUGCGAGCCGCAGUGGUUUUAUGAAGACGCAGGGAGCAGUGAUGAUGUGGAAGCUCUAACCAUCCAGAAAUUCAAAGGGGACCUGGCCUACAGACGGCAAGAGUAUCAGCCUUUCUUUUCUUCCUUUCUUUUCACCUCUUCUCUCCUUUUCCUUUAUUUAACAAAUAUUUGCCAGAAAGCUCUGCAGGAAUAUUCCAGUAUCUCAGAAAAACUGCCCUCUACGAAUUUUGCCAUGAAAAGGGAUGUCCAGGAGGGCCAGGCUCGGUGUCUUGUUCACCUGGGAAGGCAUGAGGAGGCCCUGGAGAUUGCUACAAACUUGGAAAAUAAGGCAACUAAUACAGACCACUUAACCACUGUGUUCUACCUCCAGUUUGCUAUUUGUUCAAGUUUGCAGAACUUGGAGAAAACAAUUUUCUGCCUACAGAAACUGAUUUCUUUGCAUCCCUUUAAUCCUUGGAACUGGGGGAAGUUGGCAGAGGCUUACUUGAGUCGGGGGCUGGCACUUUCAGCAUCCUUUGCAUCAUCUCAGGAACAGAACACCUUGAGUGACAAAACUCUCAAAUCCUGCUUUCCCCACUUGAGAAAAGACUGUCUUCUGUGUUUCCCUGAAAUGAGCUCUGUGUUUUCUGUGGAAGCGAGCAGCAGUGACAACCAGAAGAAUGAGAAAGCUCUUAAAAAUAUUCAAAACUGUGUGGCAGAAGAGAAAGCGGCGGUGUUACUACCAGAAACUCAGAUGAAAGCCUGUGCCUCUUUUAUACGAACCAGGCUUUUGCUUCAGCUUGCCCAAUCUCAGCAAACAUCGUUUGCUUUGGAGAAGAACUUAAGGACUCAGCAGGAAAUUGAAGAUAAAAUGAAAGGGUUCAGCUUCAAAGAAGACACUUUGCUGUUGAUAGCAGAGGUUAUGGGAGAAGAUAUCGUCCCAGAAAAAAUAAGAGAUGAGGUUCACACUGAGGUGAAGUGUGUUGGCCCUGCAGCCCUGUCUGCCUUGGUGAUUGCAUCUUCGAAAGAAUUUGAAGACAGGUGGUUCAGAAAGAUCAAAGACCACUUCUGUCCCUCUGAAAAUCACUUCCAUACAGAGAUAAAAAUCUUGGUUUAGUGGGCCCUUUGAAAACAAAACAAACAUCUUGUUGCUGUAUUAAUUGUCCUGGUUUACUUCAGACAGAAUCCACUGCUAAUCGUGGAAUCUACUGAAUUAAAAACGAUUGUUUAUAUUUUAUAAAAAUGGCUUCUCUUCCAGAU